CCUUCAGUUGCUUGAACAACGAAAGAGACUACGUUUUGAUAUUCGUCUUGUUUUCUUACUGUACAUUCUCGUAUCUUUAUUUUUCUUUGAUCCUUUUUUUAAUUAAGAAUUCAAAUAUGCACGUGAAACUUUUAUUUGUUGCAACGUUGUUCGCAUUGGUGGCAUGGGAACCAGCCGAAAGUAGCAUGACUCAAGAGCAAAUCGAGAAAAUGGCAAAGAGUUUGCGGAAGUCUUGCUUGCAGAAGAUCGAUGUAUCGGAAGACAAAGUUAACGGAAUGAGCAAGGGUCAGUUUCCUAGCGAUGACGAGAACCUCAAGUGCUACACGACCUGCAUCAUGAAAGCAUUACGAACCUUUAAAAAUGGGGAGAUCGAUUUUGGAAUGGUGAUAAAGCAACUCGACAUAACGAUGCCACCAGAAUCAGCAAGUUUAGUGAAGGAAGUCGUGAACUCGUGCCAGAAAUUAGAAUACACCGGCGAUGACUGCAACAAAACGUACGAACUGAUAAAAUGCUACUACUUUACGAAUCCAGAAAUAUUUUUCUUCUCCAUCAAGAAUAAUAACGAGAGGAGUCGGCACAUCCCCCGAUUUCAUCCUGGUUCGAGCGAUCUGGAAGCUGGAGGAGCUAGUGCCUCAACGAGCAACAACCGGAAGGGAACAAGUAGGGAAAAACGAGAAAAAAUGAAGGGACUCGGCGUCUUUCUGAUGGUCACGUUGGUGCUCGUUCUGCUGGCGAUCGAGGACACAGAGAGCAAAAAGAUGACCAUGGAGGAGGCGAAAAAGAUGGUCAAGAACCUGAGGAAAUCCUGCAGCAAGAAGAACGACACGCCCAAAGAGCUCCUAGAUGGCCAGCAUAAAGGCGAAUUCCCAAAGGACGAGAGGUUGAUGUGCUACAUGAAAUGCAUCUUGAUACAAACUAAAGCGAUGAAGAAUGACGAAAUCAUGUUUGAAUUCUUCGUGAAGAACGCCCGUACAAUGAUAGUCGAGGAAUAUGUCGAACGUAUUGAAAAAGUGGUUGAAAAGUGCCGAACCGAAGGCAAGUAUCAUGUUACAGCAACGGACGGCUGCGAGGCCGCGUGGCAAUUUGGCAAAUGCAUCUACGAAAAUGACGCGGAGUUGUACCUGGCUCCGUGAACAACUCGCUAACAACGGACUCACUAGCUCAUCGAAGAAGCGAAAGAAAUUUCCAAUCCAUAUCACUUAGGCGUCAUCAUCUUCGCUAUCGUCGUCGUAGUAGUCGGACAAAAGCUAUGGCAGUGUGUAGAAAUAAUCGGAACAA